GAUGACACUCGCGGCCCGCAUUGGCGGUGCAACAACGGCAGGCUGUGCGGCAAGACCGUCCACCCGUGCACUGCCCACCCCGUCUUCAAAUCUGGCGGCGGCUGCCGGUCGUCAAAUCUGUCGACGAAGGCAAAGGUCCUCUUCUGCCUCACGCUCGGCCUGGCCACCGCCCAGAUACACUUGCUGACGGGGGUGAACCACAGGACGGUCGAGGACAUGAGCAGGGCCACGGCAGCCGUGCGGAAGAUCUACGUCGAGAAAAAAGAGAAGGACAUUGUCUUCGGCGACAGCGGCCAGCGGCGCUGGUUCGACGCGGAGGCGGGCGAGGCGGUCUCCCGCGCCCAGGUCUCCGAUGACGGCCUUUCCAAGACGUGGGGGCAAUGGGCGAGCGUCGUUGAGCGCGGGCGCCCUGGGGGCCUCGUGCCAUGGAAGAUCCAGACUGACGGCGCCGAAACCAACGCGCCAGGCCCAGGCGCCAUCAAGAAGAGCGACUGGGCGCUGUCCCUGAAGGGCCGCCUGGAGCACAGGAAGGUGAUCCUGCACUCUGAUGGAACCCGCAGCUACAAGAUGCGCGCGACGGGCGUCGCGCGCGACAGCGUGGUGCACUGCGUGAAGCGGAAGAAGAUCGGCGGGAAGUGGGUGUGGCUGAAGCCCAUCUACACGAAGGUUGUCACCCACAAGUUGCCUGACGGCUCCACGAUCAAGUUCGAGCAUUGGAACAUGGGCCAGGACUUGUGGGCGGCGACCGCGGGUGCCAUCUGGGAGGUCAUGGACUCGGCGUACCGAGGCGGUUUCGGCAUGUUCUGCGCGGAGAUGAGCGGCGUGUUCGGG